UUGCAGCAGCGUUGGAGGAGGGCAGAAGGCGGGGUAAAUUUGGUGAGAAACUCUGUAAUUUCCUUUUUUACUUUCACAGCAAUAGUGCAGAAUCCAGAAUGGAUGUCCUCUUCGUAGCCAUCCUUGCUGUGCUACUUAUCCUGGGACAAGAACAUGAGGAUGGAGAAGGACUGGAAGAGGAUGAUUAUUAUCAGGUGAUCUAUUAUUACACAGUCACCCCCAAUUAUGAUGACUUCGGUGCAAAUUUCACUGUUGAUUACUCCAUGUUUGAAUCUGAGGACAGACAGAACAGGUUGAAUAAGGAGGGAAGGGAAGCAGCAGAGACUACCAUUAGUCAUGAAACAGAAGGUGCAGACCCUCAGAAGCCUGAAACAAUGGAACCACAGAGUCCAGAUCUGAACGAUGCUGUAUCCGGUCUGCAGAGUCCUGUUCCCCUCCUCCUGUCCUGGGCCCUCGUUCAUGGGGGGAUAUAUUUCAUGUAGAAGGAGAAAGAAGGCUGCUACAACUCUUUGGAUGGGGAUUUGGGAAGAGGAAAUUGGAAGAUAAAUAAAUGAAAUAAUCUGGUUACU